GAGAGCUUUCAGCAGGGGGAGAGAGUCUCUCGGCAAGAGAAUAUACAACCCGAACACUGUUGGACUUUGGAUUGCUUUGGACCAGGAUAUUGAUAUCGAACAUUUGUAUUUCUAUAUCCGAAUUUGGCGCUUUUUCUGCUCAAUUUUGGGAUAUUUGUUAAGUUCCAUAACAUUGCGUAGCUGGUGCAUGUGCAUUUUAAAGUGCAUCUACCCCCUAAAGCCGUGCCCAAUGCCGAGGAAUGGAUAGUGUGUCUGAUAAAGGUGGAAAGAUGGUCGAGAGUGAUGAGCAGUCGGAGAGGGAUAGUGGCGGUGGCGCAGCGAUGGCCGCGCUACACCAAUGCGAACUCAUCCAGAACAUGAUUGAAAUCUCCAUCUCCAGUUUACAGGGGCUCCGGACCAAAUGCGCCGCGUCCAAUGACCUCACACAGCAAGAGAUACGUACUUUAGAGGUGAAGCUGAUGAAGUACAUCUGUAAGCAGCUGCAGUGUAAGCAGAAAGUGCCAGAGACAGAGAGGCCUCAGGCCUUGGACAGUUACCCACGGCUGGGGGACUGGCUGCGCACCAUCAACCUGAGACCUGAGCUCAUUGAGGCAGUGCCCUUGAAACUGUCCCUGGAUGCCUUGCUGCAGAUGCCAGGUUCUCAGGUGCAGGAGACUGUGAGGAGACUGGGCUCCACUUCAGAGGAGUGUGCCAGGCUCACCGCUGCCCUCUCCUGCCUGAAGAGUGCCACUGAAUCAGAUGGGGAGCUGAGAGAGGAUGGGGGACUCUGGUUCUCUGAGCCCACCCGGCGAGACAGUGGCUCUCUGCUGCUGCCUGCCGACCAGCUGAUGGGGGGGAUGGGGGGUCCGAUGCGCCCUCAUAGCCCCUCUCCCCUAGCUCGGCCCCCCACCACCCCAUCCACUCCCCCCACCCCCUGCACCGCCUGUGCCCAAACCCGGUUCGGCUCCGUGUCUGCAAUGCCCGGUCCCGAGGCCCACGGGGCGUACAUUUACGCUGACAGCCCCUUCACAGACCCCUUCCCCCUCUCCGCCGCCCAUCAGGGGCGACUCUAUGGCCACACCUCCACCCCGCCCAUCACUCCGCCCUCCAAGAGGCGCCACAGGCUGAAGCCCCCAUGCACCCCGCCGCCGCCCUCCCGCAAGGUGAUGCACCUCCUGCCCAACAUCACCCUGACCCGCAGCAAGAGUCACGAGUCCCAGCUGGGGAACCGCAUCGAGGAGCCGCCCACCAACAAGUGUGCAAAGCAGAAUAAGUUGUUCCUCAACGUUCAGAUCAAUGGGAAUGGCUGUGAGGACUCACCCUCCCGUUCCCCCCACCUGUCUACCCGCACUCCCGGGGCUUCAACCCCUGCCCCCGCCACUGCCCCCUACACCCUACCUGGCACCCCUACCCUGAUGGAGGAGCAUUCAUCCCACCUCAAGAAUAACAUGGGGUUGCGCCGUGGCUCCCCACAGGCAGUGAGGAGAGACAUAGGCCUGGCCGUCACCCACAGGUUUUCCACCAAGUCGUGGCUGUCCCAGACGUGUCAGGUGUGUCAGAAGAACAUGAUGUUUGGGGUGAAGUGUAAACACUGCAGGUUAAAGUGCCAUAAUAAGUGUACUAAAGAAUCUCCCUCCUGCAGAAUCUCCUUUCUGCCAAGUAAGCCUUCCACACCACACAUUUUCGAAGUCACCAAAAUUCGGAGGACUGAGUCUGUGCCGUCUGACAUCAACAACCCUGUGGACCGGCCUUUGGAAGCACCGCAGUUUGGCACACUACCAAAGGCCAUCACCAAAAAGGAUCACCCUCCUGUGCUGAACCAGUUGGACUCCAGCAGUAACCCGUCCUCCACCACCUCCUCCACACCCUCCUCCCCUGCCCCCUUCCAGAACCCUCCCAGUGCCACCCCGCCCCCCAACCCCUCGCCCAAGGUCCACCGGGAAAACCGCUUCCACUUCCCAGAUGUGUCCAGUUCCACUACUUUGCACUCUGAAGCCCUCCAAGACACCGUUGAGACUGAACCAGCAGAUGACAUGCACGCUGAACUGGCUGAGGAUGACGAUGGAGAGGUAGAAACUGUGUGUGUGUGUAAAGUAACUGUAACAUAUGUGCAGACACAUGCCCAAAACCAAAAGCAUUGGCCAUGCAUGAAUGUCUUACAGGAGGAAGAGGAGGAGGAGGAGGAGGUUGAACCUGAGAUAGACCCAGAUCCAGUAGAGGAGGAGGAGGAGGAGGAUGAUGAUGAUGAGGAAGAUGACGAUGGGAGUGGGAUGAAUGGUGGUUCGGACGGUGAGUGUGAUGGUGAUGAGUUGGAUGACCUGCCCAGUUCACGGAGUGGUCGCUGGAAAGGCCCCAUCUCCCGUAAGGCCAGCCAGACCAGCGUCUACCUGCAGGAGUGGGACAUUCCCUUCGAACAGCUGGACCUGGGAGAGCUCAUUGGGAAGGGCCGUUGGGGAAAGGUGCAUAAGGGGCGUUGGCAUGGCGAGGUGGCUAUCCGGCUGCUGGAGAUAGAUGGGAACAACCAGGACCACCUGAAGCUGUUUAAGAAGGAGGUGAUGAACUACAGACAGACCCGUCACGAGAACGUGGUCCUCUUCAUGGGGGCCUGCAUGGCCCCGCCCCACCUCGCCAUCAUCACCAGUUUCUGUAAAGGGAGGACACUAUACUCUGUGGUUCGGGACACCAAAAACACAUUGGAUAUAAACAAGACGAGGCAAAUCGCUCAAGAAAUUGUAAAGGGAAUGGGCUACCUGCAUGCCAAAGGCAUUGUCCACAAGGACUUGAAGUCAAAGAACGUCUUUCAUGACACCAAUAAAGUGAUUAUUACAGACUUUGGCCUGUUUGGGAUCUCUGGAGUGGUUCAGGAGGGGAGGCGAGACAACGAGCUGAAGCUUCCACAUGGCUGGAUCUGUUACCUGGCGCCAGAGAUCGUACGCAGGAUGAGCCCUGGAAACAACGAGGACCGCCUGCCCUUCUCCAACGCUGCAGACGUCUAUGCCUUUGGCACCAUUUGGUACGAGCUCCAAGCCAGGGACUGGCCUAUCAUCAACCAGCCUGUGGAGGCUACCAUCUGGCAGGUGGGGAGCGGUGAGGGCAUCAAGAAGGUCCUGGCAGAGAUCAACCUGGGCAAGGAGGUCACGGAAAUCCUGUCUGCCUGCUGGGCCUAUGACCUGAGGGAGCGGCCCACCUUCACCCAACUGGCAGACAUGCUGGAGAAGCUGCCCAAACUCAACCGGAGACUGUCCCACCCUGGACACUUCUGGAAGUCUGCAGAGUACGUAUCCUAGAGGUGUAGGACAUGCCUGCCCGCCCUGCCAUGCACUCUGACCCCUAACUGGGUUCUGACUCAUCUGGAAUGGACUUGUGUAUGAAACAAAGAGGUUCAGCUGAAGGCAUGUAAAGGAUGGCCCUCAGAUUGCUGUGCGGUUUUAUGGCCACUGAUGUCAAACUGAUGGAGACUAGGCAGGGGAUGACCGAGUUGACUCUUGGUCGUAGUUUAUUGUCAUGAGCCACAUACCCUCUUGACGGUCCAUUACAGAUACGUUGACCACUGUAAUAUGAGUGACUGUGGUUUCUAAUGGUGAAGCAUUUAGAAAUUAACCAUUAUAUGUGACGCUAAGGGAAUUUUCUGUUUUAUCUUCUGUUUCCCAAACUUUCUCCUCCAGGAUGUGACUGUGAGUGCACUUUUCUGUUUAAAAGCAUUGUCCCUCCCUUUCCUGGACAUUUUCCUGACCUGCUCUGUACCCAUACACCUCCCCACCCCUUUCUUCUCAUAUGUUAGGUGUACAGUACCUGGUCCAGAUUUGUCUCUGCACCUUCACUCAUCUCCUGCCAUCUCUGUCCUGCUCGCGCUCUGUAACUUGCUCAUUCGCUACAUACUGCACGUCUGUCACUCAAAAGGCUCAUGGGUGGAGUCUUCUCUACACAUGAACUACUUGUCCAGUAACAGCCCCUACCAGUUUAACAACUCUCUGCUAGUGGAGCUAGCUACUGGUCUUAUGUUUGUUUUCAAACAAGCUGUCC